GCCUUGUUGCUAAUCGUUUGGGCAGCUUUUUAUCAGUCUAGUGAAAAAAACUCAUUGUGUACCUUUUUGCUCCAUGAGUUGGCCGCCGGGUGAUUCUCCGCUGCGGCAUUUUUACAGCCUUGGUGGGGAUAUGCUCACUGUUGUCCAUUAAGGUGUUCCAUUAGGAUCCCUUUUUGAGCAUCUGGCUAAAAACCAGCAGCAGAACUUGCCCCCUUCAGGGACCAACCGCUUUGCCAGCUUGCGGUUACUUGUCUUGGUGAGUCGUCCGAAGAUCUGAAGCAGUAUAUUGACGUUCACCGAUACAUAUGAGGUUUGUGUGGUACCUCGGGGGGAGCUCAAAAGUACUGGACCCUGCAUUUUCAGCAAAUUCUGGAGUGUUAACGAUGAAGCCUCUCUUCAAUGGAUGAAUCGCGAGCUGACACCCAUUUGUUAAGACGGUAAAAGCCUGGGUGUUUCCCCCGAGAGAAGAUCCAGCUCCCUUGAUGAAACGUUUACCGUCCAUUGGUUCGCAAGCAUCCCGAACGAGAAGCAUAUUUCCUUCUCUUCUUUGCAGUUUACAGCAUACAUGGUGCUUGACACGCCCGAUCUGGUUCCUGUGCUCCUCGAGCGUAGGUGACAUGUUCGGGACCAGUGCCACGCUUCAAAUAAACCGUUAUUUGCUCCCCCUGAGUGGACAGAUCGUUUGGAUAUGGAGUUUUUCUAAAUCUACGUCAGACUUAAGCCGCUAAAAGUAUAUGCCGUGUGCCCCAAACCCGUAGGAUAUCCUUCCAGAUACUUUGGGCAGAUCAUACUUCCGUCGUUCCAUCUGCGUGCGCCACGACUCUCCGGCGAAAACUCGAAAAAUCCCGUUUCCUCUUAGACUGCAUGCAAGGAGCUGUCGAUGUCUCGCUGGCCUGCGUGAAAUUGCGCAAAGGAGUGGAUGAUGUUUUCCAUCAGCAUCCCCGGUUUGGAAGCGACAGCACACCCAUGUGGGCCUGUGCAUGUACGCGUCGUCUUAUAUUCUGUGCAAGCUGAGGGCAGCCAGGGUGUGUUUGCUCUGGAUCUUUUCGUCGUGGCCAAGAAACCUCGUCAUUCUUGUGUCUCCUCUUUUUCUGAUGCGUGGAACGUCGCAGCUCAGGAAAGAGAGUUCACCUUUUCAAAGGACUUCUGUACCCGGAGAGUUUCCAAGAUGACGUUCAAGAAGGUCGUUGUGAUCGACUGCCAGGGCCAUCUCUUGGGCCGUCUGGCUUCGGUCGUUGCCAAGGAGCUGCUCAAGGGCCAGCAGAUCAUCUGCGUGAGAUGCGAAGAUAUCAACAUCUCUGGAUCUCUCCAUCGCAACAGACUGAAGUACCAGCGCUUCCUUCGUCUGCGAAUGAACUCGAACCCCAGACGCGGACCGUACCACCUCCGCGCCCCCUCGCGGAUCCUCUGGAGAACGAUUCGUGGCAUGUUGCGACACAAAGUUGAGCGUGGCCAGAAGGCUCUCGCCAGACUCCAGGUCUUCGAGGGCGUUCCGACCAUGGUCGAGAGGAAGAAGCGCAUGGUUGUCCCCAGCGCUCUGCGCAUUGUGCGUCUGAAGCCGAAGCGCAACUUCUGCCGUUUGGGCGACCUUUCCUCCCAAGUGGGCUGGUCGCACGGCGACUUGGUUGCGCGUUUGGAAGAGAAGAGAAAGACGCGCUCCAGCGCCUACUACCAGAAGAAGAAGGAGAGAACCAAGAUGCAGGCGGAAGCGAAGAGCUUCGCUCAGACGACGUUGCCCAAAGACCAGGUCGCCUUCCUGCAGCAGUACGGCCACGCAUAAGACGUUUCUUCUGCACACGGUUCUGUGUCUACCUGUCACCGUGCAUGCAAACACAUGUGCUCCGAUGGUAGAGAAAAGCCAAGGCGAGGUUCAGUCUCUGUCUUGGCCCCUAAACGCUGGAGAGUGUGUAGCGGGGAGAGAUGAGCGUUGACUUGCCGAACAGUAAACUCUUCUGAUGGUUGAGAGAUCUGCGCACUCUCUGCAAACGUAAACAUUGUCUCGGGAGAAAAAUGUGCGUUCGUGGAGGAGACACUGAAGACGACAGGCACACGUGGAGAUGCCGCAGAGAGAGGAAAGACCCCUGAGAGAACAGAUACGUCGCAAAUUUCUCAAGACAGAAAGCAGCCGGUUUUUCGGGGUGGCGCUUCCAGUCACAUUCGCAGUUCUCAGCGACUCUAGGCUCCCAACUGGAUGAGGCAGACAUGUCACCAUCGACCCAAACACACACCCACACACAAGCAGUU